AUGGCGAUAUCCUCAAGCACGAUGCGCGGCAUCAGUCUCUUUUGCCGCGUUAUAGAAAUCAUCAGCGCACUAAUUGUCUUGGGUAUAACCGCAUGGGCAGUCGAAAGAACCAAGACAGUGACAGUUAUUUAUUCAUUGGUCAUCGCCUGUUUUACUGUCUUCUACACCCUAAUCCUCCUCAUUGUUGCUUUUUCCCGGUCCAAAACAAUAAUUUUUCAUGUUAUCAGCACUGUGAUUGAUUUAUUUCUGGCAUUCUUCUGGGUCGCUGCGUUUGUCCUCCUAGCAAACAACUUUAAUACUGCUGGAUGUAGGGUGAACCGUUGGCAUGGAAUUACGGUCUGCUCUCGACCACAUACAGUUGAAGCUUUUUCAUUUAUCGCAUUUUUCUUCACUCUUUUAGCCGCGAUAUUUGGUGCCCUCUCAGUUUAUGCGAUGACGAACGAACGCCGUGAGAAUGAACAACCGCACAGAGAAAAAAGUGUUACAUCGAGUACCGUAGCGGGAACGACCCCAGAGACACACGUCAGCAACGAGCAGGGAAUGAAUAAUAUCGUCUGA